AACCUGCGUCACUUUUGGCCAAAUGGAGCACUGUACUUUACUUCAUCCGUCGGUCAAACUCUAACGUGUGAUUCGUGUGAAAAAUAUUUUUGGUCUCACUAUGUGCCAGAACAGUCAAACUCCUAAAAGUGCACAAUUACUUUCUUUCAUGGUGUCGAGUAUGAUUUUAUUUUAAUUUUAUAUUGAGUCCAAAGUAAAGGAUUUAUUCGUGUCAAGGAAAGGAGAAGGACGUGUAUUUUUUUAAAACCUCUUUAUAGGUCAAAAACAACAACAACAACAGCAUUUACAUGUUUCUGGUGGGGUUAACGGGAGGAAUCGCCUCAGGAAAGAGCACCGUGUCCUCUCAGCUCAGGGAACUUGGCUGUCCUGUCAUCGACGCCGAUGUCGUGGCCAGGAAAGUGGUGGAGCCUCAGACCCGAGCGUACCGGCUCCUCGUGCAGCAUUUCGGGCAGGAGGUUCUGCUGGAGAACGGUGAGAUAGACAGGCAGAAGCUCGGCCAGAUCAUCUUCUCCAACCCUGAGAAACGCAGAGUGCUUAACUCCAUCACACACCCCGAGAUCCACAGAGCCAUGCUCAAACAGAUCCUGUACUACUUCAUCCGAGGGUACCGUUAUAUCAUUUUGGACGUACCUCUGCUGUUCGAGACGCGUCGUCUCACUCGCUUAAUGAAGCACACGGUGGUUGUCUACUGUGACCCCACCACUCAGCUGGCUCGGCUCAUGCAGCGUGACGGUCUUAGCCGGGAGGAGGCAGAGCAGCGCAUUGCUGCCCAGAUGCCCCUGAGCGAGAAGCGUGGGCUGGCCAGGCAUGUAAUCGAAAACUCUGGCUCGCGCGAGGACACACAUCGCCAGGUCCUGCGCUUACACACCGUGCUGGACGACUCCAUGGAGUUCCUGCCCAUCAGAGCCGUUGCCGUGGCAGCCGUUGCCGGGCUGGGAGGCCUCUUUCUGUACAUGGUUAAACUUCUAGCAUCCUAGCCAUCAAGUGCAAAAACGUUUUAUAUAGCUAAUGUACUUUAUGUGCAGAAAUGAUGUUUAAAGGGAUCAAGCCCAGGACUUCCAUACUAGCACAAGUAUUCAAGUAUUACAAUACGGGGUGAAAAUGUCACUUAUAUAUAUAUAUAUAUAUAUAUAUAUAUAUAUAUAUAUAUAUAUAUAUAUAUAUAUAUACACAUAUAUAUAAAACACGAUUUUAUGUAACACCAUUCCCGUCAGUUCUGUACUGUUUUAUUUAAUUUUUUAAAAACAGUAUUUUUAAUAAUGUGUAGUGCAGAAUGGAUUUUUAGGCCAAUUCAUUAGUUUGUGCUGUACACCAAAGACAUUUUGGGUGUGAGAUCAGAACAUAGGAGGCGCACAGUGGCCCUUGGAAUUGCUCCCCAGUCCAAAGACAUGCAUGGUAGUUUGAUUGGCAUGUCCAAAGUGUCUGUAGUGUGUGAAUGUGUGUGUGAGUGUACCCUGCGAUGGAUUGGCACUCCGUCCAGGGUGUACCCCGCCUUGUGCCCCAUGCUCCCUGAGAUAGGCUCCAGUUUCCCCACGUCCCUAAAGGAUAAACGGUAUAGAAGAUGGAUGGAUGGAUGGCUGGAUGGAUGGAAACAUGGAUAUGAGAUGAGAAUUUCAUCUUUUAGUCCCCGGUAUUUACAUCUAAACCUGUUAAACGUCAUAAAACACAGAGCCUUUUGUUUCAGACCACACAAUUUGCAGGCAAGCAAAAGUAUAGGAACAGACAAGUCUGUUGAAGUUACAGUGUUUCCCACAGGUUCAGAACCACAGGUUGUGGUGGUGGUGGUGGUUGGUGCGGCGUGUGACGGAGCGGGUUCAGUAAUAAACCUGUCAAACAAAGGUUUAUUAAUAAACUAUUUAUUGUAAACGAAUGACCACUCAAAAUAAAUCACUACUAGCUAUACGUCAACAUAAAUACCUCCAAAAUGUAUUAAAGAACAAAACAAUGAUUUUUGACAAACAUGUCAAAAUAAAUAACUUUCGAAAUAAAUAAGUAUUUACAUUAUGGAGAGUGCACGUGUGUGUGUGUGUGUGAGAGAGAGAGAGAGAGAGAGAGGGAGCGAGCAGUGGUGGUCGAGAGACCUAGACAGUGAAUGAAGAGAGAGAGAGUUCAAUUCGGUGUCGAGGCGUUUACACAUUAAAUACGAAAAGUUUUUUUGAGUUUUUUUAGGCAUCCAAUACACAAAGUGCUAAGUGUGGUGUUUUUAUUAUCGAGCUAGGAAAAAAAAGUUAACUUACUGUACCUCAGAAACCUCGCUGCUAACCUCCAGUUGAAUUUUGACGUACCAAUUGACUCGCUGUGGCACGCGCGCCUGACAUGCGCAGUGUCUUGAGGAAGGGGUGGGUGUUUGAAUCUCGUUCAGCGGUAUGAACGAAUCUUUUUUCGAGUCAUUUCGUUCAUUUCAGCAGAAUAUAUUAAAAUGUUACAUGUUCAAUUCCCCAACACAUCUAGAACUUAUGCAAACGUUGAUCACAUUUGGAAUAAAAAAAAUAAACUACCUUUGGAUCUCAAACCCAAAUAUCCUCAGUCUACAGCAAAAAAAAAAAAAGAACAAAAAUUUUUUUGGUCUUUCCGCUCUAAUAGUUUCUGAGGGGACUGUAGACACUUGCCCUUGAGCCAUGUUUAGUGUCUGAUGUUUGCUUUUCGAAGCAUUGGGGCUAAAGUAGCUAACAAGUAAUGGAAGUCUCAUCCAAAAUCUCAACAAAUACAUGCCUGCAUCCUUCAAACCACAUCGUGAAGCUAUAUGCAUUCAGUUUGUAAUUCUCAGCAGCAGGACUGACAUAUUUCUGGUACAAUUCUGGUAUAAAACUUUGAGAAGUGGGGCUUGAACCUAAACUAGAUUUUUAAAAAUUUUUAUUUUAAGUAUACAUUUAAGGGUAUAAGUCUAUAAGGGAAGAUGAGGAGAGGUGGAAUGGAAGAUGGUGUGUCAAAAGAGUAUUCAAACACAGUCUUCAUAUCGAACCACACUCAUUUGCAUAUUAGCCUUUUUCUGUUAAUUGAGUUCUCUCAUUUUCCAUGAAAUUAUUUAUUGUUCUGUAUAUAGUUCUGAGUAAUUGACUGCACUGAAGUGCACUAAUGGAAGUCAAGCUAGUUAACACACUUUACAGUGUAUAUAAAUGAAGCUGAUGUUGAAAUGAGUCAUUCCUGAAGUACCUGAUGUAAAAACACUGUGAUUUAUGCACAUGAACACUAUCACCUUCUCUGUUCAGUUAUUUAUAGGAACAGUUUCAUUUUGAUGUUGAACUGACACAUUAAACAGGUUUCAACACAA